GAAUUAAGAGAAGCGACGCCAAUUAAAAUACCACGGUGUUAUUUCAACGGAGUUAUAUCUGAAGAUAUCACCACUAGUUUGGAAGGAUUCUGUGAUUCAUCAGUGAAGGCGUAUGCGGCCGUUGUGUAUUUAAGGCUAGAAACAAGAGAUGGCGUCCAAUUGAACAUCGUAGCUUCAAAAACUAGAGUAGCACCUUUGACGAAGCAAUCUAUACCGAGACUUGAACUGCUUUCAGCACUAAUAUUGGCAAGAUUAAUAACGCAUGUAAAGGAAGCAUUGAAAGGAUAUAUCGAUAUUUCAUCCAUACGUUGUUGGUCGGAUUCGGAAGUUGCGCUCUACUGGAUAUGUGGCGAAACUCGUGAGUGGAAACAGUUUGUACAAAAUAGAGUCCUAGAAAUAAGAAGUCUUGUUCCACCAGAACUGUGGAAUCACUGUGCUAGCAAGGAUAACCCGGCUGACAUUCCGUCGCGAGGAACAUCCCCAGUAGAACUAUCAAACAGUAUGUGGUUUAGCGGACCAGAAUGGCUGAAGAUCUACGCCGAUCCGAGUGAACAAACAAGUAUGAAUGAGAGUGAACCUCCAGAGGAAGUGAUCAAGGAAAUGAAAUUAGAGAAGUCAAAGAAACCUUCAGAAACGUCAUCCUUUAACACGACCUGUGAAGUAGGACAUAUUGGUGAAAUUAUCGAUUGUAAGAGAUUUAGUAGCUUAAACAAACUACAGAGAACUACAGCGAUAGUGUUGAAAUUUAUCCAGAUGUUGAAAUCGAAGAGAGAUCCGACCGUUAAAGCAAAGCCAUUAACAGAUUACAUGCUACAAGCGGAGGAACUUUGGUUAAAAGAUGUUCAAUUUCAACUGAUGUCGAAGGCGAAGACAAGAAAAUGGGAGCGAGAAUUCGGACUGUACCGUGAUGAAAGAGGUAUUUUGAGAUGUGAAGGCAGACUCAAGAAUGCAGAAUUAACUACGACGCAGAAACACCCAGCAAUCUUGGAUGCGGAACAUUACGUAACGUCACUAAUAGUGAGAGAUAGAGUAAAACACAAUGGUGUAAAAGAAACCUUAACAGAGAUUAGAUCGGAAUUUUGGAUUGUUAGAGGUCGUCAAUACGUGCGAAAACUGAUACAUGAAUGUGCAGUAUGUCGACGACAGGAAGGAAUUGCUUACAAACCACCAGAUCCACCAGCAUUACCAGUAUUUAGAAUCACGAAAGAUCACCCUUUCACGUACACAGGGGUGGACUUCGCUGGACCACUUUAUGUGAAACAAGUGAAGGCAGUGGCUAUGGAGAAGGUUUACAUGGUUAUAUACACUUGUGCUGUGUCGCGAGCAGUACAUUUGGAUGUUGUGAGUGAUAUGACGGCAGAAGCCUUUAUAAGAAGUUUUAGGAGAUUCACAGCCCGCCGAGGAAUACCACGAGAGGUGAAAUCAGACAAUGCAAAAACAUUUAAAGCGGCUUCAAAACAAUUAGCAGCCCUAUUCGAGAUUCCAGAAGUGAAGAAAUACCUUUCAGAUCAAAGAAUUCGAUGGACAUUCAACCUUGAGAAGGUACAAUGUUGGGGAGGGUUCUUCGAGAGACUAAUUAAGAGUGUGAAGAGAUGUUUAUACAAGAUUCUUAAAAAUGCCAGAGUCACCAACGAAGAACUUUAUACCGUGCUUACGGAGAUAGAAGCAACACUAAACUCGAGACCGCUAACGUAUGUGUCUACGGAAGACCUAGACGAACCAAUUACACCUUCACAUUUGAUAAAUGGAGCAAGAAUAAACUCGUUGCCAGACGCAGUUAAGCCAGGAGAGGAAUCGAGAAUUGAAGAGAUAACCAACAACAAAGUUGCAAGACGAGUAUCGUACCUUAGAACUUUAAAGGAACACUUUUGGCUGAGAUGGAAGAACGAGUAUCUGCUUGAGUUACGCAAUGCUCAUCGACAGAAGACUACACGACAGAAAGGAAAUUGUAUUAAAGUUGGAGAUGUUGUAGUUAUUCACGAAGAGAACGUGCGUAGAGUAAAGUGGAAACUCGGUAGAAUCGAGAAACUGAUAGAAGGAAAGGACGGGGCUAUUCGCGGAGCGGUAGUUAGGAAAUUAACAGACAAAGGAGGAAAAUGUACGGAAAUUAGACGGCCAAUUCAGAAAUUAUACCCGGUUGAGUUGUCGGAAGGCGAUGAAGAAAUUGUGACGGAAGGAGAUAAUACGGAGAACGCUUCAGAGAAAGACGAUCAGAAGACGGAAUUGAGAAGGAGACCAAUACGGGAGGCAGCAAGAAAGGCACAAGCGAAGAGACAGGAACUCAUUGAAUCAGGAAGUUUGUAGACAUUAACGUUGUUAACAUUUGAUUACUUUAGUUAUGAAACUGUUAAGUUGACCAUUGUAAGUCAUAAGUCAUGGUCAACGGGGGGAGUGUAGGAUAUUUAUGAACAUGCUUAGAUAAAAGGGGAUAUAUUUUAACGCGAAUUGCAUGACGGGACAGAACAUGUGCGAGAGAAGGUGUGCGCGAAUUGAGAGUUAUUGAGAAACAUAUAUUUUAUACGUUGAGUUUUAGUUAUUAAAGUUAUCUAUACAAACACUUUCCACCCAGCGUGAGUUGAGAAAUAAAUAGAUUAAAGUAUGAAAGUUAAACUUUAUUCAAAUCCUAUUAAAGAGAUAUCAAUUACAUAUAUUCCGUAAUAAUAAUAUAGUUAUCAAUAUAAACAAAUACCAGUGUGUAUAUAAAGCGAUACUCCAUUCCAAUAUAAACUUACAAGUUGCACAAUCCUGAAUAAUAAUAACCCCAUUGUCCCGCAACCAUUCACCGUCACUUUAAACUAUAAAUAAUGUAAUAUUUCCAACGUAUUUUGUCCUUAUAUUUGUCCUGAUUACAUUUUAAACACAUCAACAACUCGUGGUGUUUUCCGCUUAAUUCACAUCGUUCAAAAUCCGAUUUAGUUUCCAGUCCUACUAAACUGUAACGCAACGUUUCAAUUUUCAACCGCAGAAAAAUGUAAUUUACGAAAGAUAUGUAUUCAAACAGACCCGACCUAGCCCUGACGAAUCGGUUGAUCAUUUCAUUACACGUCUUCGACAGCUAGCGGAUACAUGUGAGUUUGCGAGUGUAGAAGAUGAAAUUCGAGAUCAUUUUGUAAUCACUUGGCCGUCAAAGGUAUUUCGUGCGAAAUUACUUCGUGAGCCGACACUCACUCUCGAAAAGCUACAAGAACUAGCCCGGGCACAGGAAACCGCUAAUCGUCAUGCCAGUGUCAUGGCCGACGAAGAAGAUACCAAACUGAAUCGACUUACAACCAAUCGUUCUCGAAGUGGCGACCAGAACGAGUCAUUUCAACAAGAAAGCAAAACAGCGAAUAUAUCCGGAAAAUAUACUGGUAACUGUUUUAACUGUGGUAGCAACUAUUUUCCAGGUCACAAACAAGUUUGCCCAGCACAAGGAAAAUCAUGUCGUUCGCGUGGAAAGCUCAACCAUUUUGCCAAAGUUUGCCGCAGUUCCCCAAUGCGAAAGCCAGAAUUUCGUGCACAAAACAGGGAAAAAUCGAAUGAAAUCGACAACUCUAUUAAAGCAAUCAUAACAACGCCAAGAGAAACCGGAACCGGAAGUUCGGCGAAUGACGACAGCGACGAAUACACCUUCACCUUGACCCAAGGUCAAUCCAAGUUCAGCCCAACGAAGGUAACCAAAACAAACAAGGGUGUUUUUGUGAGGGCGAAAAUAAACGAAACGGAUAUAAGAUUAGUUCUUGACUCUGGUGCAACAACAAAUAUUUUAGAUUCUGCAAGUUUUGAACGUAUUCAAAAGAACAAUGCGAAACUCCAACUGGAACCUACGUCCAUCAAAAUAUACCCAUACAACUCUACAGUUCCUCUACCCACUACCAGCAAGUUUGAAGUUCAAUUUUGUAAUGGUACAAAAACUACAUCUGCAACAUUUCAUGUUGUUGAAGGAAAUUCUGGGUCAUUAAUUGUUGGGAUAUGA